AUGCUGUCUCUGUUGGGUCGAUCGAGCUCGUCCGCGUGUCGGCCGGCGGUGCUGAUCGUCGCCCAGACACAUGCUCAAUCCACGACGCCGGCCACAACCACACAGCACGACGUUCCUGAGCCUCGUAUUACUUCCCAGACGGCUCAGUUUAAAAAAGGAACUGGCGGAAGGGCCUCAUUUUCUGGAAAUGUUAUCACAGUGUUCGGUGCUUCCGGCUUUAUGGGCCUUCCUGUUAUCAAUAGAUUGGCCAAGCAGGGAGAUCAGCUCAUCAUACCAUAUAGGCAGGAUCCUUAUUAUAUGAAAGAGCAUAAAAUCCCUGGUGAAUACGGGCAAAUUCUUUUCUUCCCUUUCGAACUGAAGGAUGAAGCAAGUAUCAGGAAGGCGGUCAGGUACUCCAACAUCGUUAUCAAUCUUAUUGGAACUACGGUCCCAACUAAGAAUUACGACUACUACGAAGUUCAUCAGCACGGUGCUGGCCGACUUGCGAAAAUCUGUCGUGAGAUGGGUGUGGAGCGUUUCGUUCAUGUGUCAGCUCUGGGAGCAACAACUACUCCCGGAAAAGGUCAUUAUGUGAAGGAAUCACAAUUCCUUCGCAGUAAGGGUUUUGGAGAACUGGUUGUGCGAGAUGAGUUCCCCUCAGCGACAAUUGUUCGUCCAUCUCUGAUAUAUGGAGAACUCGAUGGUUUUAUUACGUAUUAUGUGAGCAGAUGGCGCAAAAUGCCAUAUGAUUGGGUGUAUUUAUACAAGAAGGGCGAGCAUACCUACAAGAUGCCUAUCUGGAAUGGUGACGUUGCUGCUGGACUUGAUCGGAUCGUACGAGAUCCUACUUCAGCAGGUCAAACAUACGAAUUCGUUGGACCGCACUGCUAUCAGCUCAGUGAGCUAAUGGACUUCAUGUAUAGAAAAGCGAAAUGCAUCGAGGAAUUAGGAUUCAGUUAUCGGCGUCAUGACUACCCUGAUCCAUACUUCAAGCUGCUAACUUGGCUAACAGAAAAGUGGGGUCGCUACUUCAAGUGUAAAGUCCCACUCAAUCGUGAAUGGAUGGAGUAUGUGGAGGUCAAAGACGAUGUUUUAACCGGUCAAAGAACGUUGGCCGACUUAGGCAUUCGACGUUUGACUGAAUUCGAAUUUGCCGGAGGAAGGAUAGCGUUUUACCAGAAUUUCAUAAAAUACUUCGAAGAGCAGUACGGAGAACUGCCCGCUCCUCCUUUGCCUUUGAGGUCUCCGCCCAUUGUGAGAAAGCCUGAUGCGGAAAAGAAGGAGGCAUUUGGCAAAGGAUUGGCUUUCAAUUAG